AUGCCCAUGCUUGAUUUGUUACCCAAGAAGCGCCCUCCCCUCCGACAAAUUCAAGAAGAAUUCCUCCAGUCUCAUUCAGAGGAAUUCUUUGCGAUAUGGGAUCCGGCUGAACAGUUGUUUUUCUUCAGCAGACUCUUUUCGAGUUGGUUUACACAUUGGCCCGAGCAGAAAGUGUUGUUUCCCGGUACACCAUUUUAUAAAUUGACUCCAGACCAAAUGGCCGCAGUAGGUGAUGCGGUGCAAGAACACCACAAGAAUCUUAUGGCCUAUUACACCUCGUCUGACAGGCGGUAUCCCAGAUGCCCCAAGGCCCGAAGCUACAUCCCAGCCGAUCAGGCACUGUCGGUUCAGCAAACCAAAAUCCUAGCAGAAGCGGUCAAUACUCGGAGACUGCAAAUCACGCAUUGGUACUGCUGGAAGACCAAUGUGUCACGCUUGAACCGUACAAGCGCGAUACGGGGGGUGCUCAAACUUGAUGCGAUGUUGAUGGGUGGGGUGACCAAAGGACGUGCACCCCGAAAGAUGCACGUCUAUUCGCAAGAGCACUAUGACAAGAAGGUUAAGAUGGACGCGGACAAAGCCAUUUGCAUAGACAAUAUCACCAGCCAUGGUCCAAAGCUGAACAAGUGUUUGGCUGUCACUCAGGAAAAGUUCGAGGCAGAGAGUGAGGAGGUGAAAGAGGAGGUGGAAAGGAAGUAUCAGGAAGCAAAAGCGAAGUUUGCCAGAGAUCACAAGUGCCUGAGGGCUGGUAAGAUGCCAAAAGUCAAUGAAGAGGCAAAAGUCAAGGCCAUUCGGGAACUAGGACCGAUGCUAGACUGUGUGUUCCAUUACAUAUCUCACGCGACCGGCGGCUGGAAGUUUUCGGUCCUCAUGGCAGGGCCUGACCCAACGCAGGGUGGGACGGUGGUUUAUGAGUAUGUUGAUCUCUGCGAGCUCGACAAUGGUGUUCAGUUCAAUAAAUUUUGCGACAAGUUUAAUGUCGUCCAGGAAGCAUUUUUGGACUUUACUAACAAAGCACUUUCAUUUGAAGCCAGUCUCCCUGAAGACGAUGACGAGGAUGAGAGCGACAACGACACCAACAAUAACUCGGAGAUGGAUGACAUCACAAUCCCGACCAACACAAUCAAUGGUGCAGAUGAAGCUAGCAGUGGUGGUGGUACGGCCGUAGGUGAAAUCAACAACCCUACUUUUCACACAGAUGGUUUGUAUCGCAUAUCACCUGAUUCAGAGUCACAGGAGCUUCAAGGUCAGUGUUCUGUAUUACCCAAUGAUUUUGGUUCAAUGGAGGCAGGCCGCUUGUUAGAUGAGGUGACUCAGGAUCAGUGUUCUGUGUUACCCCGCCAACUUGAUUUCCAAUAUCCCGACCUCAAUUUUAAUCAGCUGGGCUUAAACAACAAUGCUCUGGCUUUCAUGACCGCCAAUGAUAUUCAGUUCCAAGCGCCUGCCCUGGACUCGUUCACCCCAAACUUUGUGAGCACCGCAGAGAAUCACACCACUGGUUCUCAGAAUGAUGUUCCUCAGAUCCAAGUGCCUCCUCUGGACUCAUUGACCCUGAACAACCUCACCACCGGCCCUCAGUUCCAAGCCCCCUUUGAAUCAAUAUCCGACAUGCCAUUGAUAUUGCCCCCUCCAUCAACUCCCCUGCAUACCCCACAUGCAACUGAUGUUUGCCUGCCUGCGGUUCCCGAUGAGGAAACUGGUCCAGCGGGUCCUGACUUAGAUGUAGCGGUCCCUUCCCCUCCUAACCAUCGCUGA